CCUUCUUUUUUUGUCCCCAUUACUCAGUUUGCCGACCUUUUGUUGGUGUUAUAGCUGACAGACCGCUGAGAGCAUCCAGCAAACGGCACUAAUGAGCUGUGUUCAUCUGGUGACACAAGAAAGCACUUACAACACUCUUUUGCUGUUUUUAAAGAGCAACUCACUUUGUUUAGCAGCUUCCAUUUGCAGGGUUGUUUGUUUGAUCAUUUAUAGCUUCUUAAUUUUAGUUUAAAUCCAUCUUUUAUGUUGGAAAACAAAAACACUCACACAAACACAACAACACACAAUCUUCUGCAUUGAAUUUGACUUUAUGAAAUAACCAGACUUGCAAAUGCAGUUGACCGCUGGAAUUCAAAUAAAUGAAAUCACCUCAUCAGUAUUAUAGUUAUUGUUAGAUAUAGAAUAUUAUUAUACAAAAAUGAUAAAUGGAUUAGUUUUUAUAGCACGUUUUCACGCUACCUGACCACUCAAAGCACUUUGAACAUUCAUCCUUAUACACCCUUUCAUGCAACUACUUUUUUCUACAUAAGUGUUUUCUUAUCGAACAUUCUCAGAUGAACGAGCAGGAUAGAGAGCAGCCCAAACAUAUUUGGCAUGCAGACUGCAGCAGCCAGGGAUCGAACCACCAACCUUCCGACUAGUAGAUGACUUGCUCUACCUCCUGAAGUGCACAUAAUCCGAGUAAAUGGAAAAAGAUAAUUUCAUUUUUUUUUUUUAAGGAAAACAGUUUAGCAGUCCAAAGUGUUUUCUUUCUCCAAAGUUCUCCGAUCACACACUGAGAUAAAGCAAACUUACCUUGCACUUGCUGAAAAGUAUUGGGCCAUUUUUCUCUCUACAUGCUCUGACGACAGGGUGACUAUUCUCAGUCUAUACUCCUAAGGUUGUUUUCCCAUAUCAUAUCUAGAUUUCUUUUGCAAUCAGAGGAGUUGUCUUCUGCUGGCCAUUAGGAAGAAUACUUGAUUAGUCUUUGUUCAGACUUCUGCUCAACUAGAUCGAACCGUCAACGUAACACAGAGACGAGUUUGGGAGAAACACUCAUGGUCUUGCCGGGCAAUGCUAAAGGGAUGAAGACCAUUGAAUAAACAACACGGCAGAAUUGAAAAAUAGAUAUUAUAUCACCCAUACUCAUUGGUAGGGCAGGUCAUCUACUGUACCACCCAGAACGUCGGUGAUUGAUCUCCAGCUUUGCCUGUCCAUGUAUUGAAGUAACCUUGGGCAAGAUACUGAACCGCAAGUUGCUCCUGAUGUGUUGGAGUGUGUACCUACACAAGUGUUUAGGUAUAAAUCAAAGUUUUGCAUGAAUGUGUGUUUGAUUUAAUCAUUUAUAGCUUCAUGAUUUUAGUAUAACUGGGUAAAUGAGACUUGUCGCAGAAAAUGCUUUGAUUGCUUAAAUUAAGUAGAAAGUGUGUUUCUUUUCUGCAUCAGUUCUGUAUUGAUGAACUGAGCAUCUGUGACCUGAUGACAAGUGUGUCUCAGCUGAAACUGAAGUCAGCUAAGCUCCACUUAGAAACACAGGGGUUAGAAGACAGAAGGGAGGAGGCAGCACUGUGCAGCGAGAAAGGAUCAGAAUAGGGAGAAUAAGAAGAGGGAAGGCGGGAGGAGAGACACUAACAGCUCUCACACGCAUUUGAUGUUGCCGGUGUGGCAGGUGGCAGCCAGCGUCUGUUCGUUAACCGCGUCCUCUGCCGAGUGUCGCCGUGUCAGAGCAAUGAUUGCACUGCACUAGUGUUAGCAUGUCUGAGUCCUUCUGGACGGUGCUCUCCAAUUUCUCGCUGCCUGAGAGAAGCAUGCUGCGGCGCUCCAAAAGUUGUCGGGCAAGCAACAGGAAGAGCCUGAUUGUCACGUCCAGCACUUCACCCACCUUGCCACGACCACACUCACCUCUGCAUGGACACACAGGGACCAGCCCACUGGACAGUCCUCGCAACUUCUCUCCCAACACAGCUGCACACUUCUCCUUUGUUCCUGCUCGCAGCCAUGGACACAGGGCUGACAGGACGGAUGGCAGACGCUGGUCUCUCGCUUCAUUGCCUUCCUCUGGAUAUGGCACCAACACUCCCAGUUCCACUGUCUCGUCCUCCUGUUCAUCCCAGGAGAAGCUGCACCAGCUGCCCUUCCAGCCCACACCUGACGAGCUGCACUUCCUUACCAAACACUUCAGCUCUGAGAGCAUCACAGAUGAGGAGGGACGACGCUCCCCCGCCAUGAGACCACGGUCCCGCAGCCUAAGCCCUGGGCGCUCUCCUGUGUCCUUUGACCAUGAGAUUAUGAUGAUGAACCAUGUGUACAAGGAGAGAUUCCCAAAGGCAACAGCUCAAAUGGAGGAGCGUCUGGCCGAGCUGCUUGCCUCCUCGGCCCCAGAGAAGAUUUGCCCAUUGGCCGACGGGGUCUUGAGCUUCAUUCAUCAUCAGCUUAUAGAGUUGUCCAGAGACUGCCUGGAGAAAAGCAGAGAGGACCUCAUCACUUCCCGCUACUUCUACGAACUCCAGGAGAAUCUGGAGAAGCUGCUGCAAGAUGCUCAUGAGCGGUCUGAAAGCAUAGAGGUUACCUUUGUCACACAACUUGUCAAGAAGCUGAUGAUCAUAAUCGCCCGGCCCGCUCGUCUGCUCGAGUGUCUGGAGUUUGAUCCUGAGGAGUUCUACCACUUGUUGGAAGCAGCUGAAGGCCAUGCAAAAGAAGGCCAGGGCAUUAAGUCUGACAUUCCCCGAUACAUCAUCAGCCAGCUGGGCCUCACCAGGGACCCUCUGGAGGAAAUGACUCAGCUCAGCAGCUAUGAUAGUGGAAACCCAGAAACCCCAGAGACAGAUGAUUCAGUUGACACUCGAGUUGCCACAGUCCCAGCAGGAUCACCACAGACUAAAGCCAAAACCCCUCGAGAGGAGGACUUUGAAAAUAUCAAGCUCAUCAGUAAUGGAGCCUAUGGGGCUGUGUUUCUCGUACGUCACAAGGAGACCAGGCAACGAUUUGCUAUGAAGAAGAUCAACAAGCAGAACUUGAUCCUGAGGAACCAGAUCCAGCAGGCCUUUGUAGAGCGAGACAUACUAACAUUUGCUGAGAACCCCUUUGUUGUCUCAAUGUUCUGUUCUUUCGAGACCAGGAGACACUUGUGCAUGGUGAUGGAGUAUGUGGAGGGUGGCGACUGUGCCACACUCCUGAAGAAUAUCGGAGCCUUGCCUGUGGAUAUGGCUCGUAUGUACUUUGCUGAAACUGUCCUCGCCUUAGAAUAUCUUCACAAUUAUGGCAUUGUGCACAGAGACCUCAAGCCUGACAAUCUUCUCAUCACAUCUAUGGGACACAUCAAGCUGACGGACUUUGGCCUCUCUAAAAUCGGUUUGAUGAGUUUGACCACAAAUCUGUAUGAAGGACACAUAGAGAAAGACACCCGAGAGUUUCUGGAUAAACAGGUUUGUGGCACUCCAGAGUACAUCGCCCCCGAGGUGAUUCUCCGUCAGGGCUAUGGCAAGCCGGUGGACUGGUGGGCAAUGGGAGUCAUCCUGUAUGAGUUCCUGGUGGGCUGCGCUCCCUUUUUCGGAGACACUCCAGAGGAGCUCUUUGGUCAGGUUAUCAGUGAUGAGAUCAUCUGGCCUGAGGGGGAUGAAGCUCUGCCUCAGGAUGCACAGGACCUUAUUUCCAAGCUGCUAAGACAAAAUCCUCUGGAGAGACUGGGCACAGGAAGUGCCUUUGAGGUGAAGCAGCACCAAUUCUUCACAGAUCUGGACUGGAACAGCCUGCUAAGACAGAAAGCCGAGUUCAUCCCUCAACUGGAGUCAGAGGAUGACACCAGUUACUUUGACACUCGUUCUGAUCGCUACCACCACGUGGAUUCAGAGGAGGAGGAAGAUACCAAUGAUGAAGAACACGUGGAGAUACGACAAUUCUCCUCCUGUUCGCCUCGCUUCAGCAAGGUGUACAGCAGCAUGGAACGUUUGUCUCUGCAUGAGGAAAAGAGGACACCUCCUCCCACCAAACGCAGCCUCAGUGAGGAAGGAGGAGAUCGCAUCGACAGCCUGAGUGGACUCAAGUCCAGAGAUCGAUCUUGGAUGGUGGGAUCUCCGGAGAUCCUGCGGAAGCGUUUGUCAGUCUCUGAGUCUUCCCACACAGAGAGUGAUUCAAGCCCACCCCUGACAGUCAGGAGACGCUGCUGCUCUGCUAUCAUUGAGAUGCCGCGCUUUGCUAUCUCUUCAGAGGAGGAAGGAGGCCAAGGGCAAGGUGCACUUGGAAGUCGAAAGAGUCCCAACCUGCUUGGCCCAAAUGCAGUCAGGGGCCUGCGAUGUGAUGAGCUGCCCCUCGCCAUCCCAGAGCUUCCAGUGGAAAGAGAGCUGAAGCUCGACGAGUCUCCCACCACACCAAGCUCCACCUCCAGCCAACUGAGCAAAGCCACGCUCACUCCAGGCAGUUCAGGCGAUGCGUGCGAACGUGCCAACAGCAGUAACGGUGCUGCCAGCGGAGGUGCCAAAGCUGCAGCAGACAGCGACUCUCCCUCCAUUCCAAAGGCCAUCAGUGACCUGGCAGCUCGUAGGGCUCGCCAUCGCAUGCUGUCUGGAGAUGCAGACAGACACGCAACGACCAGGCCGCUCAACAAGGUCAUCAAGUCGGCCUCGGCUACAACGCUGUCACUGAUGAUUCCUGCAGACCAUCAUGGCGCCUCGCCAUUGGCCAGCCCGAUGUCUCCCCACUCACUGUCAUCCAAUCCAUCAUCACGAGACUCUUCACCAAGCCGGGACCUGUCUCCAGCUGUGACUAAUGUCAAACCUGCCAUCAUCAUCCACAGAGCUGGAAAGAAGUAUGGCUUUACUCUGAGAGCCAUCCGAGUGUACAUGGGUGACUCUGACAUCUACACUGUACAUCACAUGGUCUGGCAUGUGGAGGAAGGGGGACCGGCCCACGAGGCAGGGCUCAGAGAGGGUGACCUGAUCACCCAUGUUAAUGGGGAACCGGUCCACGGCCUGGUUCACACAGAGGUAGUGGAGCUUAUUCUAAAGAGUGGUGCCAAAGUGUCCAUCUCUGCAACCCCGUUUGAGAACACGUCCAUCAAAGUCGGCCCUGCUCGAAAGACUACCCACAAAUCCAAGAUGGCAAGACGAAAUAAGAAAACCAAGAACAAGGAGGGACAGGACAGUAAGAAGAGGACAUCUCUUUUCCGGAAAAUCACCAAACAGGCAUCUCUCCUCCACACUAGCCGCAGUCUGUCCUCUUUAAACCGCUCACUGUCAUCAGGGGAAAGUGGCCCCGGCUCACCAACACACAAUCUGUCACCUCGGAGCCCAACACAGGGCUACAGGUCCACGCCAGACUCCACGCAUUCAGUGGGUGGGAAUUCUUCCCAGAGCAGUUCACCCAGCUCGAGCGUCCCAAACUCUCCAGCAAGCUCCGGCCACAUUCGACCCAGCUCCUUACAUGGACUUGCACCAAAGCUCCAGCGCCAGUACCGCUCCCCUCGGCGCAAGUCAGCUGGCAACAUUCCCCUCUCCCCUCUGGCCCGUACACCUUCUCCCACCCCUCAGAGCAGCUCUCCUCAGCGCUCUCCCUCACCACUCUCCAGCCACACUCUCAGCCAGUCUGCCAUGGGUCAGUCAUUCCCUGUGAAGCUCCACUCCUCUCCUCCUCUGGUGAGGCAGAUAUCCAGACCCAAGAGUGCAGAGCCUCCACGUUCUCCACUCCUCAAGAGGGUGCAGUCAGCUGAGAAACUAGCAGCCUCUCUCACUAACUCUCCUUCAUCUUCGGGCAUGGCAGCAGCAGCAGAAAAGAAGCUGGCAGUUGGAGCAGCUGUGGGGAGCCGUAAACACAGCCUGGACAUCUCACAUUCUGAGUUUAAGAAGGAGAUUCUGCAGAGGGAGCCGAGCUUACAGAGCCUGCAGGAGUCAUCCAGCGAGGGUCUGCUGUCUUCAGCAGGACGCGGCGUGGAGAAAGGCAGUCUGCACAAACACUCUUCUUCAUCCAGGAAGUUAGGGCGGCAGGAAGGAGAUGGCACACUCGGUGUGGUGUCUGGCUCGCUGGGUCUGUCAGCAGGGAAGAGCAAGCUGAAGGACAAACUGUCAGCCAUCAGGCAAGACAGAGCUGAGCGAAGAGAGUCUCUGCAGAAGCAAGAUGCCAUCCAUGAGGUGGAUUCAUCUGAGGAUGAGACAGACGAAGGCUCAGAGGACAGCCAGGAUGGACGCAGGGGGAAUAUGUCCACUCCACCUCCUCUUCUGAGACCCACCACUGUGAGAACAGGUCCUGGAGGCACGCUGCCAUCCCUUUGCCUCUCCCCCUGCACUCCUCAUGCUACAUUCAGUCAUACAGGGCCCUCUCAGGUAGGCAGACCCAGCCACUCGCACACUUUACCACCUGUUGCAGAGACUAAGCCCAGUCAGACCUCCUGCUCUCAAGGGUCAACAGAUGGAAGCUUGGCCUCGUCCACAGAGGACGAUGCAAGACGAGAGAGGAAGGUUCUAGAGCCCAGCAGUACAACAAAUACCAUUCAGGGUCCCCUUCCUUUUUCCACACCAGGCAGUGCAUUCAUCUCAGUUAGCAAGGACACUUUUAUUAAGCCAGCUCCUCCAAAAGACUCAAAGACUCUCAUGGGAAAGACUGUACCAUCAGAACCCAGAGCAGAUGGCCAAAUGAUCGACAGAUCCAGAAUCACCACUCCCUGUACAGAGAGCUCCACAGGUACUCCAAAGACCACAGACUCCAAGACCACCUCAAGUACUGCAGAGUGCCAAACCACUGACACCCGCGAUACUGCUCGCACUUCUUGCUCAUCUCCAGGCAUCCCUAAGGAGAAGAAGGAGGCUGACAAUCGGAGACUGUGUGCAGCUGCUGCUGCAAGUCUCAGCACCUCACCUUCAUCCUCUUCCAGCUCUAAUUCAAGUUCAGGAUCCCCAGUUCCCCCUUCUGAAAGUGGGGUUGACAAAGUUGUGUCCCAGCUCGCAACAGUAGCUAAAAGUGUUCUGGGUCCAGUCAAAUUCAACACCAAGGAGCAGAAACCAUCCAGAGGUGGCGCCUCAGAAGUCCCACCUGCUGACCCUGUCCCUUUCCCCUCCCCCUCCAAACAGGUCCCGACCCUUCAGUCACCUCAACUCUCCCCAAACAGGCAGAAAACUCAAUGCGUUGCUUCACCAACCACCACCAACCACAUGAGACCAGCCAAAUUGACCACCCCAGCUUCUCACCCUCGAUCCUGCACAGAUGUUCCAGAAAGGCAAGCAUCAGAGUCUGCAGGCAGAGACAACACCGCCACCUCUGCAUUUGCACAGAGGUUCGGUACAACAGCAGCAGCAGCAGCAGCAACUCAGUCCACUCUUAGCAUAGCCCCACCCACUUCUGCAGCAACUGAGCCUCAGCGCAAGAGGUCAGACCCCCAGACGACGACAGCUACCACUGCUGCCUCGCAACAAGACAAAGCAACCAGCAAGAAGACGUAGCAGAAAACCUACCACAGUACCAGAAUAAAAAGUAAAGAUCACAGGGCUCAGUGUUGGCUCCAAGUUUUAAAACUUUGAAAAACUGCAUGUUCGGGGAAAAAAACACAUUUACAACAUCACACUAAUCAGAAAGCAAAGUAAACGCACAGCAGGAGAGCUGAGAAGCAGAGCCAGAUGUGGUAGUCCCAGCUUUAAUCCAGCUGUUCUGUGCUCUUUAUGUUUAUCUUAUGUUCAUGUGAGUUCUUGCUUGACAGAAUGUGAUGAGGAGUUUGGGGGUCUUUGCUUUUCUGCAAACAUAUAAGGGGCUAGAAACACAGUACUGCUCAGCAGUCCAAGCAGACACUACUUUAAAAAGUACACACACGCACGCGCACAGCUUUUUCACUCCUCUUGUGCUGCCUCAUUAUCUCACCUUGAUGUCGAGCAGAGCCUCCACACAUGUUCCUCGAAGAGAUCAGGACCUGCCUUACUUAACGCACUCCUCUUUCUCCCUCUUUUCUAUUCCUCUUCACAUCCCUCCUUUCUGAGCAUCCACUUAUGAUUGACAGAAAGUUGUAUCUGAGCAAUAAAGUGCAACAUUAUAUUUAGUAAUCUGUUUAAAUACAUUAUAGAAUUGUUAGUAAAAGUCAAGCAUCGUCAUUGUACAUGCAGCACCCAGCGAAAUAGGCCAAAUUCUGCUCUCACUGUGCUCCCUGUUGAUCCAACACUGUCGGUCUUCAGGACCCUCUGGGUCUGCUUCACCCUUUGCAGCCGAUUGAACGUCUCUGAAACUUUUAUUCUGUUAUUGCACAGCAAACUGUGCACCUGCUGGACAUUUUGCAGAGUUCAUCGUUUUCCUGGAUUAUUUCAGAACGCACUCUGUUCCCAGUGUUUUUAAUAGUUUUAUUUCUAUCAUGCGGGCUAAGUUUUUUAGUUUGUUUUUGUUUUUUUUACUUUAAAACUGCUUAAAAUAAGAGCAUCUAAUAAAUAAAAUGAAAACUUGCAGUGGUUUUUGCUGACUUCCUGACACAGCUGUUGUACAGCAGCGUUGGCUCGCACUGAGUGAAGUAUCGGAGGAACAGGACAGGAAUGCGGCCAAGUCAGUAUCUCUUCAGUGUUUGAACUAAUCAUUUUCACAUAGUCUAAGCCCUGAAAUGUCCUGAUUUCCAGCAGAUGUUCGCAUUUAGGGUGAAGUACAGGAUUUGUACAAAUACUGAAAUAUUGUCUCGCCUCUCUUGUUUUACCAGAUAUAUACAUCCAUACAUUGUGUCAGUUUUAGACGGUUACCUUUUCAAUACAUGUAUUCUUUACAAGGAUUGUGCCGUACUCAUAAUUUGUUGCAGAUUUUCUUAGCUGGGCUUCUGAUGUCCUUUAACUGUCUUGACCCCAUAAUCAGUGUUUGAGUAUUUUAUAUGACGUGGGAUCAGGUUUUAGGAAUGGGAAACCGGCUGUCCCAUUAGGCCCUUGCUCUUUCAAAACAGACAGUGGAUCUCACCCAUUGUGGUAUAACUGUGAUCCUCUAAGUCCAUUUUUAUUUUUCUGUUCUGUGCAAAGAAACAGGGAGACAGAUUUGGUGAGUGGUCCUGGUGGUGAGAUAGGAUUGUAGAUUGCUGCUGUACGGCACUGCAGAUGCAAAGGAUUUGAUCAUGUGCCCGACUUUUAUUGACUCAGUCGUCUACAAAAAUCUAAUUUAGUUAUACCAGAAUUCAAUUACAGCAGAAACGCUCAGAGAUGCACCAUUUAAAAUGAAAGAAUUCCAGUGGAUGUAAAGUAACAUGACCAGUUUUCACCUGAAACCCUGCUCUGCUGGGUCUCCAUCCAGUUAUUUUUGGCCCCCGUCUGCCUCUGGAGGCUUCACUGCUUUUCUUUGGUAUCAGGACCAACUUGCUGUGUUCAUCCUGUAAAGUUUUCUUUCUGUAUGACACGAGGAGGAAUCUGUGCAUGAUCGUCUGUGUAGAAUAUUUCAAAGUAUGUUGUGUUUUAUACACUGUUUGCGUGGGUGUGUGUCCAGAAUUCCCUGCAGCCUACCCAUGUAUGUGUGCUGGGCUGUCGACAUGUCUGCGUCAGGCAUGAGGCUCUGCACGAAGCAUUGAUCUCGCAUGAUUGGGAAGAAAGGCAAACUGUCACUGAAAGGAGAGCCGGUCCGGAUGUUUGACCACUGAUUCAGAGAGCUACUACUGUUUUUGCAGGUGAAAGCAAAAACUGCACUUAGCUUGUUUAAUUCAGUGAUUUCAGUGUUUUUUUGUUUCUGAUUUACACUUUAAUGACGAACUGAUUUGAUCCUUAGUAUUUUUAGUUUGAUCUUUCAAAGUGAGCUCAAAGCACACAAAGCCCAACCCACAGGAUGGCCUCUUCUCGUGUGUUUAAAGUGUUUUGUGUCUUGUGUGGAGCUUGUUUCACUGCAGGGGGAGCAGCAGAGUUCAUUCGUUUCAGUUUGCAUAUUAAGGACACUGUAAAAGUGACUUUGACAGUGACUGUGGUAAUCUGUAUUAUGUUUACAUGUUGAUUAUGUUUGUUUGUGUAUAUGUGUUGGGGGGUGGGAGUGUCAAUGGAACUUCUAACAGGCUAGGAUGAUUAUCAGCAAGGUGAGCAUAAUGUGAUAGGUUCAUAUUGUGUCAUGUGACGAAGAGUUUGCAAAUGAUGGCGAUUCAGCACAUUUCUCUGCUGUCUGGGUUUGUCUGUGGAACGCAUCAGUGGCACGGAGCCGUUCCCCUCUGAUCAGUGAACAGUUUAGUGUCAAUGAGAUUAUCCGACCAUACUGGAUGUUGUUUAUACACACAGUCCAAACCUUUUGGUUCUUUCUGUGGCAUUAUCAAGAUAAUGGUGUUGGGAGAGAGAAUAGCCUGGAGCAGAAAUCAUUCUGUGGGCAGAUUUUUAACCACUGAGCAAGUGAGCACAUGAUUGUAAGCAUGUGUAAAGAUUCGAGCCCAAAAACUGUUCUGUCUGUGGACUGAAGCAAGAAACAAGUAGUUGGAUUUAUUUUAACUGUGUUCUCAGUUUUGGAUUUUUCUGUUUACAGAAAAACUGGAGCUAGAGUAGAGUCCGUUUCAACAGCAUGUUUUCAUGUAUCCUUAUUAAAAAUCUACGUUAUAUAUCAACUAACAAAUGGUGACCAAUAUCAGUCAAAUGUGAGUACUGCCGCCUCACAAAUCUGCAAAAACGGUCUUUGGCAAAGACUGUAAUCCAUUUCCAGUUAACAGACUUGCGUGGAUUUGACCUCAUGGGUCAUCUGAAAGCUAGCAUUCACCAAUAGGCAUCAAAGUGAGGUUGGUGCUGGCAAGGAGCAAGCUCAUUUUGCUAUGAUUGCAAACACAAAUGUUGUAGUUUCAUCGUUUGUAAACCUCCACAGAUGACAGAUGAUAAACGUGUUGAGAUUCCAGACCACAAAAUAUAAGUGUGCUCUACAACUUCUGUUCUCAUGUGGCAGUUAUGUUCCCGAUUGACCUCCACAGAUCGAACUGAGUAUACUGACCUGCUUAUGGUGUCCCACGCUUCGUCCCAAGUCCUGGGAUCGAUUAACAUAUGGAAUUAUGAUUUAGUCACUGAAGAGCUUCCCUACGCUUCUGACUCACGAGCAUCACAAGGAUCGACGAGCUUUUACUAUGAGGCAUAUAGAUGAUUUAAACAUGUGACUGUGGAUAUGAUGAGGUACGAGGAGAAGCGUUAUUAUUACCACUGAACCACCACUUCAGGAGAUUCAGUGCUGUUUCAACGUACAUCCGUUAAACUGAUAUUAAGGGAUUGUGUUGGCUCUGUAAAGCAAGAAAAAUACUUUUAUUGCCUCGAGUCUUGUAGACAAGGGCAGUAUCUCCACGCUUUGUGUUGUCUUGUAGGAGUGAUGAAGAUGAGAAAGAAGAUUUAGCUGUGUAUUGUAAAAGCUUCAGAAAGGGUUUAAGAGGGAGAGAUGGGGGAGAAAAACAUUGCUAGAAUAAAAACCAGUGCAAUAUCUUUUUAUUUUUUAUUGUGGUAAAAGCAUGUUGUUGUCAAUGUUACCUUGCAACAGUAAUAAAGUUUUUUUCAUAA